GCCGUGGUGGCUGCAGGCCUGUGAUAUCUAAGGUGCUCGAAACACCCCCUGCCUAGCUGACGAUCCCCGCACGCUGUCACGGCGGAACAUGCUCUGAGCGGAGCGCUCUGGUUUUAUUUUUGGAGUGGCAUGGAGACUGAGCCGUCCAUUUGUAGGAAGGGUGUAGUUGAGCACAAGAUGAGACUGCCCGUCUGACACUCCAGGCUGGGACUUGCAGGCAGCAGCCAGUAGCCCCCCAACAAGCUCCCACGCAGGGUAUUGAGUCCAAAGUGAGUUUGUCAUCUGUAAUAAUCACUUCCUGGGGAGAUUGAAAUGCUGAUGGCUGUCAGUUAUAGCAGUGCCUCCCAACCAAGCCUGCAGUCCCACCAAUAUCCCCCACCCUUGCUGCCUAAGCCUGGGAAGGACAAUGCCCGGCUACAGAAACUGCUCAAGAAGACCGCCAAGAAAAAAGCCGCCGCCCAGGCCACACAGGCGCCCGUCCCCUUCCGCUCCAGCCUCUCCCCUGUGAGUGAAGCAAGCCCUGACCUCGAGCACAGCGACCACUCUACUCCACCCAAGACACCGGAGACCCCCAUCUAUGGCAGCUCUCUGUACCCCAGGUUUAACAUCAGACCCGUGUACCAGCAUUCACCGUCCCCUUACCCGCAUCAGCGGAGCACAGUCUACAGCAAGAUAGGAAGGUUUUCCCCGCAGUCCUAUAGUGUCCCGGUCCCCUCCUAUCGUCAAGUGAUCCCGCUUUUUUCUUACACACCACCCACUUCUCCAGGUCUGUCACAAGCUCAAGUCCCUGCUUCUGUCUCAACUCAAGCAGUUGGAUCCCCGCCACUUGCUCCCUCUGCUUCCCCUCCCAUAGUCUCACCUCCAGGACCAGCCUCAGUGAAGCCUACUGUCCCCCAGCAGGAUGUGGAGACCGGCACCACCAGUGCUGUUUCUUCCAGCAUUACAUUACCAUUAAAAGCUGAGAGUUCUGAAACUGGCAGGCAAGAUGGGACUUUGGCAGGCCCUAAAAUUAUCAGCCCACAGAUAAUUAUCACUGAUACUACCAAAUCCAAAAAACCUAUGUUUGAGGUUCCCCAGAUAAGGAUAUAUACAUCUAAGGCCACAUUUUAUGAGAUGUCUAAGUCGCCUCUGUAUUAUGGAACACCAUCAGCUACAGCACCUAGGAGUAAAACACCUACGUAUGAAUUGAGGAGUAAAACACCAACAUUUGAAGUUAGAAGGGUUAUAACCCCUACAUCUGAAGUUAACAGGGGGACAACUCCCACAUCUGAGGUGGCGAGGGGGACAACACCUACAUCUGAAGUGAAAAGAGGGACAACCCCUACAUCUCAGGUGAAAAGAGGGACAACACCUACAUCUGAAGUGACAAGGAGUAAAACGCCAACAUUUGAAGUCAAAAGGGUUACAACCCCUACAUCUGAGUUGAAAAGAGUUACAACACCUACAUAUGAGGUCAAAAGAGUUACAACACCUACAUCUGAGUUGAAAAGAGUUACAACACCUACAUAUGAGGUCAAAAGAGUUACAACACCUACAUCUGAGUCGAGAAGAGUUACAACACCUACAUAUGAGGUAAAAAGAGUUACAACACCCACAUCGGAGGUGAAAAGAGGUACAACCCCUACAUUUGAAGUGAUGAAAAGGGUUACAACACCUACAUCUGAGGUGAAAAGGGGGACAACACCUACAUAUGAGGUCAAAAGGGUUAGAACACCUACAGCUGAGGUGAAAAGGGGGUCAACACCUACAUCUGAGGUGAAAAGAGGAACAACACCUACAUUUGAGGUUCGACUGGCAGUUACUCCUUCUGGGCGGCCAAAGACACCAUCAUACCAAGUUCCCAGAGCAAAAACACCUGUUUUUGAAAUAUCAAGACCUAACCCACUAUUAUUCGCACCUUAUUCUCCUGUAACAGUCUCUACACAGUCCACAGCCAAUACAGAGGGAGAGAGACCCAAAACACCCACUUCUGGUACUGUUGCUGCUAAAACACCUACAGCUGAAGCAGGAAGUCUGAAAACAUCCAACCUGGAAGACACUGCUUCAAAGGAACAAUCAAAAAUUCCUCAGUCUGACGAUUUUGACGCUAAAACACCAAAUGGUCUGCCUCCAUUGAAUGUGGCUACUUUGGAAAAUGUAACAGUGAAAACAUCCUCUGAAGCAUCAACACCCAAGACUCCUAUGAAUGAGGCUCCAACAUCCAAGAGUCCUUCAAGUGAAGGCACUAGUUUGAAGACUUCUACUGAUGAAGCCAUUGCACCAUCAGCUCCAUUUGGGUAUCAAAAGCCAAAGACUCCAACAUAUGAGGCCCCAAAACCUGCAUCCUCUUCAUUUGGGUCUCAAAGACCAAAGACUCCCACAUAUGGAGCAUUAGGGUAUCAAAGGUCAACAACACCAACAUAUGAGGCCCCGAAACCUAAAACCAAAUCAACAUAUUAUGGAUUGACACCAGCUGCAUAUGUUGCUCAUGGUGGAAUCCAGAGUUACUCACCCCCUUAUGCAACCUCUAGACUGAAGACACCAGUACAUGAUGCACCCACACCCCCACCUAAUGAAAUACCAAGGUCUAAAACGCCUGCCUAUGGAGUAUCUACAGUAUCCACUCAUCUGCAAGAUGUACCUGGCUUAACCUCUAAAGAGCCAGAGGAAACCAAAACCUCUCCAAGCAAAAUACCAACAUCUGAGAUGCCCACAGUGGAACACCCUGUACCUCAAAGCUCUGAAAUUCCAUCAGAUUCAUCCAAAAGCCUAAGACCAAAAACACCCACUAAAGAUAAUGGGCAAGCACUCCAGGCAGAAAUGCCCAAAACACCAGUGAUUGAGGUACAGAAACCUAAAACACCAGCACAAAGAGCUAAAUCACCAAAUACUCAAGUACCAAAACCUAAGACACCUGAAGUUCAGAGAGUGGAAACGUUUCCUUCAGAAGUGCAAACCUCCAGCACGCCAUCAGCCGAAACUUUGGAAAUUAAGGCCACAACUCCAAUUCCUGAGACAAGUGGGAAGCCCACGCCAGUGUACCCAUUUACAAGGGUGAAAACACCUGUUAGGGAUGUAAGUAGUGCAAAAGCAGCAACAAGUCAAACUGUGAGUAAGACAGGAAUUCUGCAGCAAAUUAUCAAAUCCAAAACACCCCCUUUGCAAGCAGCCACAACUGAAACCCCUGCCUCUGAGAUCUCAACUCCCACCUCCCUCUCUCAAGCCUCUGUUACUGAAUCUACACCCACUACAGUGAAUGGGGUCCUGCCUCCCACUCAGCUAAGCAAAGACCAGAAAGAAGGGGACAAAACUGCAAAAGAAGAUGCGGUGCACAUAAAGGAAGAUGCUUCGCAGCAGAAACUGUCUGCCCAGGCAGGGGCAGCGGCUGCACCAUCAGCAGCGGAGAAGCCGGUUCAGAAGGACGAGGACGCGUUCCCAAAAGCAGAACCUCUGCUGAAAGUGAUACAGAAACCAAAGGGCAUGAAAUCCAAACUCAGCGGCUGGUCGCGGCUCAAGCAGCACAUGGUUGUGGAACCUGAGGAGCCCAAAUUCCCAGAGCCUGAGCCCAAGUCCAAGAAAGAAAGCCCCGAUGACACUCAGCAGGGCGAAAAGGAGAAGCUUGAAAAGGCACCCACGGAGGCCAGCAAGGAGUCUGACAGUCAGAUAAAAACCAAGGACAAGGAUAUCACUAGGGCUGUUAAGAUGUGGGAUGCUGUCCUGUUCCAAAUGUUCUCCACUGAAGAGAACAUCUUACAGCAGAUCAAUGCUAACAAAACAGAAUCUGAGAGACAAGAUACAGUGAAGGAUACACCUACAGAGGUUCCAGCGUUUGUCCAUCGUCUGCCAAUCCUGCUUUACAGCCCAAGGUUUGACGCAAGAAAGCUGAGGGAGGCUGCCUCAAGACCGCUCACAAAAAUAGGGUCCGUGUUUGAAAUGGGGUUGAUAAGUCGCAAAAGUCACGAUGAAGAGCCAAAAGACUUUAACAGAACUGCAAAAGGCUUUUGUGCAACAUAAACUACACACAACUAACAUGGACUGUUAAAUGGGAUUAAAACGUGGAAAAUUAUUCAGGAAUAACAUACAUUAUGUCCUUCCACUGGUCAGUCUCUAUUCAAAUACAUAGUAAGGAAUCAUUUGCGAUAAUCAUAAGUGAUCAGAUUAGGCCUUAUGAUUUGCCCUGUAGAGGGUUUGUAUUUGAAUGUUGUGUUUUCUGGCAUAGUGAUAUGACUUUGAUUAUUGGACUGCAAAAAAUGUUCUGUGUCGGAGCUUAACAGAUCUCAAAAAUACAGAGGUCCCUCUAAAAUGAAAGUGCACAAUGUGAAAGUAGAGAGAACAAGCAAGACUUCUUAAGACUUAGGGAUUUUUAUUUGUUCUCACUAUUUACCCUGUUAUGCCUUACUAUGCAAUACAGGCCUCAGUCACAAUUAGAAUAAAUCUAACCAGCCAAUCAUUCACAUAACAAAAACUGAAGCCAUCUGAUGAUUGAUGAAGUUUUGCUGUUUGCAUAUUGUUGGGACAUUCCUCAGUUCUGUCCAUGGAGAAACCAGUUAAGCUGUAUUUCCAGUCCUACCAGCUUUGAGGUACAUAGUUUGACUGGACUGUAUUACGCACACUAAAGUUAUCACACACCUUUUAGAGUUUUACAUCACAACUGCAGCUGCAAUAAACAUCUGGAUGAUAGAUGAAAAUUACCAGUGGGAGGAAUUAAAGUCUUUAUUAUUUUGAAAUAUGUUAAAACAAGAUGUUUUAAUUUAGUAUACAGAGUUAGAAAAUUUAGUUUUAGAACAUGUUAGAGUAGUAUUGAUGCAAAUGUAAAAAAAAGUAGCAUAGUUUCCAUAUUUUAUCCAAAGUUCCAUGCUUUUUUUCAAUCCAUUUUAGAUGAUGAGUUUUUUAAAUGUAUUUACAAAUAAAACACAACAAUAUGGUGCUUAUUGGUAAAUGAUCCAAGAAUCCAAAACAUGAUUAAAACCAGGCGUCUACCUAUUUUUGCUACUUAUGUAUAAAACAGAAAGUGAUCACAUGGUUUGGAAAACAUACUCUAUCUUUUCUACAGCCUAGCUUCAGUUUGUUCUCUCUGUCCUCUAAGAUGCAAUGUUAGUGUGUUUGGGACUUCAUUUCUUGGCUCCUCAGGUAAAUCUUUGGUGAGGCAGACACUACGUUUGAGCAUGCUCACAGGCAUGCACAAAUUCAUGCAUGGGCAUGGAUACCUAUGUGCACAUUUAGAGUGGAUCUCUGACAUCCACUCUGUGAAAUUUGGCUUUCUUGGACUGACCAGUUGGGAGCGUUUCGCUCUAGCAAGAAGAUGCUAUAUUGGUGUUGGAAUUGCAACCUGAGACACAGUCAGAGCACAGUAAGUCAGUGGAGCAGACUGACACAGGAGUGCAAAACAGGGAGGCAGCAAUGAGACAAACACAGGAUCUUGUUGGAAUACAGUAACGGAUUUAAUAGCGCACAGUGCUACCAGGGCAGUUGUCCAACCAGAAAGUUUGGUAUGAGUAAGUUGAGGAUGUCUGUCUUGGAAAGGUGCCUCAGUACUCUGUUACCGUGGAACAGGGGGUUUUCUGAAGAUGAGGAAUUGUGUAGGUUUUGGGAGAGAGAAAGAAGAAAUAAUCCAGUUUGGGAAAUGGAGGUUGACAACUGCCCUGUAUCCCUGUAGUCUCUGAAAGGGACAUGUGACAGGUGCAACAGCCAUGAUGCAUGUUUAAUGUACGGAAGGGGAGGCAGAGAGUAAAUAGGCAUUAACAGAUUCCUCUUUGACGUGUAAGAUGAUGCAAGGUUCCUCCCUGGUGUGUUGCAGUUUCUUGUAUGUGUGUUUUACAUAACAAAAAGCACUAUCAGAUUCAUUGUCCCCACAUGAAAAGAUAUCUGUAUUAACACCCCAUCAUAUCCUAAAUGUAUUUGUAAGAUAAUUAAACAGCUUUAUUAAGGAA